AUGAUCUUCCCUCAUGGCUUCCUAGAUUCAUCAAGCUGCUGGAACACCAACCACAACCACCUUCACCUGCAGCAAAUCAGCAGUACUACUCCUUCACCUGCUGGCCCGGGAGAUGAACGAGGCAUCAACAACAACAAUCAUGGUCAGGAAGGAUUAGUGGCCAUGCUUGGAGCCAGAGGGCAUAGUGGUGAUGGUGGCGGCUUUGCCGAGGACGGUGACGGUAGAGGUACCGGGAAUAGCAAGCCGAUGCCCAUGUCGGAGCGGGCACGGUUGGCAGGGGUGCCGAGGCCGGUACCGGGGCUCAACUGCCCACGCUGCGAGUCCACCAACACCAAGUUUUGCUACUUCAACAACUACUCCCUCACCCAGCCCCGCCACUUCUGCCGCGCCUGCCGCCGCUACUGGACCCGUGGCGGCGGUCUCCGCAACGUCCCCAUCGGAAGUGGCGGCGGCUACAAUUUCUAUUCCAGGACUAGCUACUAA